AGGAAAGAAAAGUCAACUCGCUUUCUUCAGGCUGUUUGUUAUUUAUAUGAGUUUAGCAGUUAGUUUACUUUUAGUGUAUAUAUGUUAACUGUGAUCAUGACAAAAUGGUUAACAGAUACGUUAUGAGGAAUACGGACUAGAUUAAUCUAUUCUUUGAGUGAUGCAGUAUUCAUCCGUUUGUUGAGACGUUGACAUUUUCUCCCUCCGGAUUUUCAUGAUGGGUCUCUUGUUUUCAAGAUUAUGGAGUUUAUUUACAAAUGAAGAACACAAAGUGAUUAUAGUUGGACUGGAUAAUGCAGGGAAGACCACAAUUCUAUAUCAGUUUUUAAUGAAUGAAGUUGUGCAUACAUCUCCGACAAUCGGGAGCAACGUUGAGGAGGUUGUGUGGAAGAAUAUUCACUUUCUGAUGUGGGAUAUUGGAGGUCAGGAGACGCUGCGAGCUGCGUGGAACACCUACUAUACUAAUGCUCAAUUUGUAAUUGUUGUGAUAGACAGCACAGACCGGGAAAGGUUAUCAAUCACCAAAGAAGAACUCUAUAAGAUGCUACAUCACGAGGAUCUCAAGAAAGCAGCAAUGUUGAUUUUUGCCAAUAAACAAGACAUCAAGGGGUGUAUGUCUGCAGCUGAAAUAUCUCAGCAGUUGAAUUUGACUUCAAUAAAGGACCAUGUGUGGCAUAUACAAGCAUGUUGUGCACUGACAGGGGAAGGCCUGUACCAAGGAUUAGAAUGGAUCACAAAUCACAUGAAGCGUCGGUGACAACAGUGAAUGUUAGAAACUUGUUUUAUUUUAUAACAUUGAGCUAGUCUGGUGAGCCCAGAUGGAAGCUGACAGCACAGGGAGGCGUUGAGGAAGAAGAUUUAUGUACAAGCUGUCUCCUCGGUCUUUGGUGGUUAGCUUUAUUACGACAGUGUGCAACCACAGGCCAUGUUCCAUUCUACAGUCUAGAUGUUCAGGAUGUAUGGGAAAACAAUCAAAUCACAUACCGUGAUAUUUGGGUUUCCAAGGCAGCCAUGCUUUAUGGUGCUUAAUUACAGAGAUGAAAAACCUCCAGAGUUUUUUUCACAAUUCCAGAUGUUAGUGCCUCCUGAAAACUGUUCCCGUCUUCAUUCUUUGAUGAGAAGCUCGCGAUAACCACCUUACAUUUUUUUCAAAGCCUACACUGUUUUUAAGAAUGUUUUGUCAAAAGUUCAUUUUCAUCUCUGUAUUUAGAAAAUUGUUUAAUAAUGGCAUAUUUUAUUGAAAAACCUGCUCUCUUUUAAUUUCAUGAAUAAAAAGUGUUAUUAUCAGAUAUUUAGUGAAAUAGAACAAGCCAAACUUAUCUUAAAGGUUUGAAAGCAGGGUUGAGGACCAGCUAUAAAAGUUAAUGAUGUGAUAUUUCAGCCCAUAAUUAUAUUUUUGACUGUACACAAUAAAUAACUGUAACCUUUAUAUCAUCUGGUAAUGGCAGCCACCCAACAUUUUUUUUUACAGAUACACACUCAUCGCUUACUCCUUUUAAAUGUUUUUUUUUUUUUAGAUCUGUAUGUUUGUAAAAUUAUAGAAAACAUUUCAUGUAUAUAAAUAACUGACCAGUUGGACAAACUGUUAAAAUUAUUGGUUGUGUUAAAACAAACCAAAUUUGUUUUAAGGUGGCCUGAGAACAAACAAUUUGCCCAUCUUUCUUUUUGCCCUGAACAUUUUUAUAAAAAUGUAUGUGCUGAGGUGUCAUGUCAUUGAUUUGUCUCUAGCAAGUUUAAAAAUCUAUCCAUUUGUCUUGUGUGGUAAUUUAGAACUCAGUAUUUUUGCCAUGUUUGUUUGAGACUGCAGAGAAUGUGCUAGUACUUAAUUGUUAGGUGAGUAUUAAUGUGAAUGCAGGUACGGGUUACGGUUCAAACGUUUACUCAUAAACAACAUAGGUUUUGGUAAAGGUUAAUUUCCAAUUGUUUACUCACAGACUGUAUAGGUUUGGGUGAUGGAUAUGUACUUGUGAAGAAGGUAUAUUAAUCAUUUUGCUAGUCUUUUAUGGAUAUUGUAUAUGUGCACAUGUUUGUGAAUGUGUGCAAGUUUUGUGUAUGUGAGCAAGCACAAAUUAGUAUAAGGGUGUGUGUGCACAUACAUCUAUAGUGGUAAAUGAUUUAUUAACCUAUUUAUCAUCUUAAGGAUAGAUGCAUGUAGUCUAUAGUGAUUUAUAUGUAUGGUGAGCAACGAAACAAAUUGACAUUAAUUAUAAUAAUGUAUCCUUGUGUUCAUAGAAUAUAAUGUCUUAUUAGAUAUGAAUUACAGUUACCAUCAGUAUAAGCAUAUGGCCUUUCUGUUGACCUCAGUUUAAGACAGUUGUUAAGUCAGAUACAUGUAUAUACAAUGUCUUGUCUCCCUCGAGUUGCACCAUUAUUUUCAACAAAAUAUGAACCUAGCAUGAAAUUCUUUCUCCACAUUAAAAUAAAAUUCGCCAGUUAAAAUUUACAAUUGGCGAAUUUGGCGAGUGGCAGAGCUAGCCCUGACAUUUUUACAAAACUAGUGAACAGUUUUGGUAUCUGACAAGCGAAAGUUUAUUAUAUUGAUUACAAACCAACUGAAAACAAGCCACAACGCAGAAGUAAGCAGAUGUCAAGACCUACUACACGUUAUUUUUUUACAAAUUGGGUCAGCAAGUGAUCUACGUCACACGUAAACUUAAAUGACAUCACAAUGAGCAAUGAAAUGUCAGCAAUGUACAAUUUAGAUUUUAGUGCGGAGCUUGCAUUAAUUGUCAGUUAAUGAGGUGUUGAAAUUCACAAUAAUGACUGAAUUGUUGAUCGAACCAGCAAAGAUUGAGUUGAGUCAGGUCAGUGGGAUUGACUAGAUGAGACGCCGACAUUUUUUACAUAGGGCCAUACUUGUCGCAACAUUGUUUUGGCUUCGUACACAAUAGGCCCAAAUAUAGCAGCCUAUCUUAUCGCAAUUUCAAUUCAUGGCCAUAUUUCGUAAAUUAAUGGUACACUUUUAAAUUACACUAUUUUGUACAAACAGUUAGAUACGUUAAUAAUCUCUGAACAAUACAUUUUUAACCUCAAUUUUGCACUUAAUGUUUUCUAGCAUUCGGAAAAAGGACGUGUCAUGCACCCCGUUUAUUUUAUUUCAAGGUGCAAAGCGACGUCAUUCGAAUACCGAUGUUAUUCAAAUUAAUAAAACUACCACACCAGUCUGCACAUGUUAAUAUUACACUAGUUAGAUAUUGAGUAAUAAUUAUGACAUGAGUAAUAUCUUACACUGGUGUGUAAUAAAUACAAUAUCUUGUCUCCUUUGAUUGGGUUAGGAAAACACACCCAAAGUCGUUAAGUCAAAUAUAUACAAUAUCUUGUUUUCCUCGAUUGGGUUAGGAAAACACCAACAGAAAGUUUCUUUUAUUAUUAUUAUAUUAAGCACGAACCAUAUCACGGUUGAGGAUCCUUGAUUUCAUGGCCUUAAAGUGGAAUUGUAUAAUAAGUUAUAUAUACAUGAACAUUUAUAUGCAUAAAUAUAAUUUUUGAGAUACAAAAUUAAUAUACUUUUGUUUCUUUCUGACUGUGGAUUGGCAAAUAGAGCCAAACUACUGCAGCUCAUAGUUUAAAAAGAGUAGCACCUGAAUAAACUUAAGAUAUUCAGCUUCUAUGAAUGUUCGUAGUUCAGUGGUGGAGGACUCAUAGUUGCCAUUGCUUUCCCAGUCUCAACCAUUGCUUGAUGGCUGGUAAACCAAACACCACGCUAUCCGUCUGCGAGAAAAGAGCAUUUAAAAGACUUCUUCUUGUUAAUUGGUAGGAGUACCCCAUGUGGUGGUAGCAGGUUUCCCUUUUACUUGUCAGACAGGUUGUCGCAGUUACUGUAUGUUUGACACCUGGUAGCCAUACUAUAAAAUGUGCUGUUCCAUUCAUCAGUUUAUUUCUACCUGUUUUUAAAGACAACCUUUUUAUGUCCAUUUGGUGGCCAUCAUAGACUUGGACAACAUGGAAGCCUUCUGUUGUAUUCCUUUUAAACAUUUUAAUGGUAUAAAAAGAAUCUCAAGACUGAAUCGCCCGGUGAAACAGGAUUAAUGGAUUUUAUGACAGCCAGCUCAACUCGGUAAGUAGAAAAGCAAUCAAGUUUAGACAUUUGAAGCCAGAACAUUUCUGACAUGUAGCUCAUAUUCAAGCCUUCUGUUCAAAAUUUAACACAGCAAAGUUUAUUUUGUUUGACGACACCACUACAUCACAACAAUUUAUUAAUCAUCGGCUAAUGCAUGUCAAACAUUUGGUAAUUUUGACAUGUAGUCUUAGAAAGGAAACCUGCUAUAAUUUUCCAUUAGUAGCAAGGGAUCUUUUAUAUGCACUGUCAACAGCCUUUGAUAUACCAGUCGUGGUGCACUGGCUUAACACAGCAAAGUGAGAAAGCUAUCUGUUUAAAGUGUUUUGUACAUGUACAUGUGUGGAUGUGAUGUUUCAGUUUUAACUUUAUUAACCUCCCAAAUAAAGCCAGGUCACAAUUAUAAUGUAUCCACCACCACCAACUUUCCACUCACCCACUUUCCCCACAACAUGAAGUAAUAUAUCCAACCAAUUUAAAAUUGAUUCAGUCCUGAUUAAUUUCAUAUAAUUUUAUAUAGUAAAUACCUUUUUUAUUUAUUUCCAUCUCAUUUUAUCCUAAUCUGGCAGCUCAUCGGGUAUUGGAUGUCGAACAUUUGGUCAUUUCGACCUGCUACAUUUUUCCAUUAGCAGCAAGGGGCCUUUGACAUACCAGUCUUGGUGCACUGGCUAGAUAUAUAUAUAUAUAUAUAUAUAUUUAUAUAUAUAUAUAUAUAUAUAUUUAUAUAUAUAUAUAUAUAUAUAUAUUGAUAUUGUAGUUGGCCUCGAAAUGGAAUAAGAGUGAAAUGUAGCCAUGUGGAAUGGCUCUUGCUUGAGAUGACUCAUUGCCAGUGGGUUGCUGUACCCUUCAUUUAAAUCUGUGUUCUGCGACUGGAGUGCCAGAGGCCUUACCAUUUGCUCUCCUGUCUGGGUAUAAGUGGACAAAGUGUCCAUAAUUUUCAACAUUUUCACAAGCGUACAAACCGUACACUUUUGACCACCACCCCCACCCCCCCAAAAGUGUACAUCCCUCAAUGAAAAAUGUUGAUCGACAUUUUUCAUUUUCAAAAAAAAGUGUACGCUGGCCCAAGAUAUUAAAGCAACUACUUAGGCCAAUCUCCAAUAUAUAUUUGUUGUAACUUAAUCAUAAUCAUGAUUUGAUGUUUGAAAAUUGCUAUGAUUUAUUUUUCUCAACCAAAAUUAAUUUGAUCCACUGCCAAAAUGUAAAAUGCAUGUUUGUGUGUGUGGGUUUUUUAAAUAAUGGUCUGAGAAUGUUAAAUAAUAUAUUAAUGUUUUUAGAUGAGUCCAUUAUAUGUUUAUAGACUGCCAUUUCUCUGAAAUUCUCUAGACUAUAUUUUGCUUGGCUUUAUGGCACACCAGUUAAAAAAAAGUGUCUGAAGUAUGAACUGAGAAAAAAAACCCCACAAUUUUGAAAACUGAUUGCUUUAUUUUCUAGUUUUGUGUGAUACAUUUGUAAUUAAAUAAUAGCAGACAGGAGUUUUUGUUAUUAGAUUAGGGCCAAAGAAUAGUCAAAACCUCCAUUUCUCUUUAACUAAAUUUAUUAUACAUGAGUAUAAACACAAGUAAUUGCACUAUUAUUGAUUCAGAAUUGUUUUUCAUCUUUAAGGCUGGAUUAAAGCAGGAGAAUGUUUUACAGCUCGCAUGUAGAUUCGUUUCUUUCUUUAUGUACACACUUAGAUUUCUUGCCCACGGUGCUAGAUAAAUCUGUCUCUCAUCAAAAAACAUUUGUCCCUCGGGUUGAAAUUGCCUUAUCUAUACCUCACAACGGUGAUAGAUUGUUUUAUUAUAAAUAUGCACCAGUACAUCUAGGGUCAAAAUGUACAGUAAAGCUGUUUGACUAGUUAGACAAAUCAGCUGUUUUUCUGGUUGUCCAGUUUGAUUUUAUGUAAAAUAAAAAUGGUACAUACUUUCAAGAACAUUCGUUGCUUUAUAACAUUUUAACAUCUAUGCUUUUGUCAUGUGAAAGUGUCUCUUUGUAGCUUGUGAUUUGAAACAGUUUUGUAAUGCUCCUUUGUUAAAGUCUUAUUUUAAAGUUGUUUACCAUGCCCAAUAUACAUGUAUGUGUACUACUACCAUGUACAUGUAGUUUAAAUUUUAAAAAUUAUGUUGAUAAAAUACUCUGUAAUGGAUACUAAAUCUCUUUUUUAAUACUACUGGUAGUAGCAAAGUGGUAUUUUUCUAAUUGGUUUGCACUGGUUAUGUGUGCCAUAGCAGUAAAUGUGUCCAGCACUAGCAAUAGCCUAUACUACCCAUACUGUGUAUUAGUUGCAGGACUGGGAUAAGAACCCAGAAUCUACCAGCAUUAAACUAGAUGCCAUGAAUACUAAACUAUGAUAGGAUCUCUGCGCUUUCAAAUAAAAUUUGCCUUAUUUUUUCCCAGGAAUAUGUAACUUAGUUUUUAAAGUCACUGAAUUUGUGCACUUAAGUAUCUUUGAGUGUGUGUGUGUGUGCGGGUGUGUGUGCGGGUGUGUGUGUGUGUGUGCAUGCAACAAAGUUAUACUUCCACAAUAGAUUAAAUUUAAUCUGUCAAAUGAAAUCAAAAUCAUAAUAUCACAUAGUAACCAACAUUUUAAGGAUUUUUAAUCAAUAAUUUCAGUUUCGCUUGACAUAUAAAAAAUAAUAAUUAAAAAUUGAAAUAACAAAUAUGUUUCAUUUUUAUGUGCAUUUUGUAAAAGCAUGAUUUAAAUCAAACAGCAAUACUAAAUAAUAGUGAAGAAUGUCAUCUGCUCAUGGAGUUUGAAAUUAUAUUUCCUUGAUUAGUUUAUCCUACAGAAUACUUAUUUGAUUAUUAUUUUGUUAAUCUAUCUUCUAGAUGGGGAUCUGUUUUGAAUGUAUGUAGAAUAAAACAAAAUUUAGAAAUUGUUUCAAACUCCAUGAAAAGAAGACAUUCUUCACUACGGGUAUUGGGGGGUGAGGGGGCAGUCGAUGGGCAACAAGGAAAUAUAAAAGGUGAUUGGGGGGGGGGGGGGGGGGUCACAGGUAUAAUUGGGUAUGCCAGUGUAUCUGUAUGGGUGAGUAUUGCUGUUUUAUUGAUAUUUUGCCUAAAGUUUUUACAAUUUGCACAUAAAAAUAGAACAUCUUUAUUAUUUUUGAAAAAGUUGUCCUUUGUUCUAACAUCAAGCCAAACUGAAAUUACUAACCAAACAAAAAAUCAGUUUUGCUAGUAUGAGGUAUAAAUGUUUCCUGGAUUUAUUUGUUGCUAUUUUAGGGGUUUUGUAAUGUGAGCCACAUACCAAUGUAUAUUUAUAUUUUUACCUGUAAAAUUCUGCAAAGUGUCCAUAUUAAACAUGUGUUCUUGAAAACAAAUCAUGUGGAUCUAUUUUAUUGAUAAUAAAACUGUAUAUAUCUG